GCGUGCUGAGGUCUGAAAUCCGAGAUCCCUCGCAGCCUGGAGCUGGUGAGGUCCCAGUAAAAGCUGUUUGCCUGCUUUCCCUCCCCGAGCAGUCACACCGCUGCACUGGCCUGGGCAGCAUGGAGCCAGCACCCUGGACACUUGUAGGACUCACCCUUCUGCAGCUCCUGCUCAUCUCCUGCUUGCCAAGAGAGUACACAGUGAUCAAUGAAAACUGCCCAGGAGCUGAGUGGAAUAUCAUGUGUCGGGAAUGCUGCGAAUACGACCAAAUCGAGUGCAUCUGCCCAGGACAGAAAGAAAGAGUGGGCUACACCAUUCCCUGCUGCAGGAACGAGGAGAAUGAGUGUGACUCCUGCUUAAUCCACCCAGGCUGCACCAUCUUUGAGAACUGCAAGUCCUGUCGCAAUGGCUCUUGGGGAGGGACACUCGACGACUUCUACAUCAAGGGAAUCUACUGUGCAGAGUGCAGAGCUGGCUGGUAUGGAGGGGACUGCAUGAGGUGUGGGCAGGUUCUCCGGGCCUCCAGAGGUCAGAUUUUGCUGGAGGGUUACCCACUGAAUGCACGAUGUGAAUGGACAAUCCAUGUUCAAGCUGGAUUUAACAUUGAGUUAAGAUUUUCCAUGCUGAGCCUGGAGUUUGAUUAUAUGUGCCAGUAUGACUAUGUGGAGAUUCGUGAUGGGGACAAUUUGGACAGUCAAAUAAUAAAGAAAUUCUGUGGAAAUGAGAGGCCACCUCCCAUCCAAAGCACUGGGUCUUCACUCCAUGUCCUCUUCCAGUCUGAUGGAUCCAAGAACUUUGAUGGAUUUCAUGCUGUCUUUGAAGAAAUUACAGCUUGUUCUUCAUCUCCAUGUCUUCAUGAUGGGACAUGCAUUCUGGACAAAAGCAGCACCUACAAGUGUGCCUGUCUGGCUGGCUAUACAGGGAGUCGCUGUGAAAACUUGGUGAUGUGUAGGACUCCAGGUGCUCCUGCUCAUGGUAUUGUGGAAGGAGAUGACUUUAAAUACGGGGCCCGGGUUUACUUCAAGUGCAACGCAGGUUACAGCUUAAAAGGCAGCCGUGUUGCCUACUGUCAGCUUGAUGGGAUUUGGUCAACACAUCAUCCUGAAUGUGUUCUAGAAGAAAAAAACUGCUCAGAUCCUGGUGGUCCACUCAAUGGCUACAGAAGAGUGGUAGAAGACACUGGGCUCUUGAAUGGACGCUAUGCAAAAAUUGGCACAGUCAUUGCUUUCUUUUGUAACAACUCGUAUGUUCUUAGUGGCAAUGAACAAAGGACCUGCCAAGACGAUGGAGAAUGGUCAGGGAAGCAACCAAUCUGCAUAAAAGCCUGCAGAGAGCCAAAGAUCUCUGACCUGGUGAGACAGAAAGUGCUUCCAAUGCAGGUUCAGUCAAGAGAAACACCUUUGCAUCAACUUUACUCUUCUGCAUUCAGCAAGCAAAAGCUUCAAGUCUAUCCAACCAAGAAACCAGCACUGCCAUUUGGAGAACUGCCGCCAGGGUACCAGCACCUGCACACUCAGCUCCAGUAUGAGUGCGUUUCUCCCUUCUACCGCCGGCUGGGCAGCAGCAGGAGGACUUGCCUCAAGACAGGAAAAUGGAGUGGGAGAGCCCCUGUGUGUAUUCCAAUCUGUGGAAAAGCAGAAAACAUCACCCUUAAGAAGGCAGUGACCUCUAUGAGGUGGCCAUGGCAAGCAGCCAUCUAUCGCACAGCCAGCGGGGUGAAGGAGAACAGCCUUCGGAAAGGGGCCUGGAUCCUGAUCUGCAGCGGGGCCCUGGUGAACGAGCGCACCGUGGUGGUGGCAGCCCACUGCGUCACUGACCUGGGCAAGACCAUCGUGCUCAAGACAGCAGAGCUCAAGGUGGUUCUGGGCAAAUUCUAUAGAGAUGAUGACAGGGAUGAAAAGACCAUCCAGAACCUGAGGAUUUCUGCCAUCAUAGUGCAUCCCAAUUAUGACCCUAUAUUACUUGAUUCUGAUAUAGCUGUCAUAAAACUCUUGGACAAAGCCAGGAUCAGCAGUCGUGUUCAACCCAUUUGCUUGUCAUCUUCCCAUGACCUGACUGCAUCCACAGAGGAUUUAAAGAUAAUGGUUACUGGCUGGAAGGUAUUGGCUGACAUUAAAGAUCUCGGAUACAAGAAUGACACAAUCCGCAUGGGAGUUGUUCAGAUGGUGGAUUCACUGUUGUGUGAGCAACAGUAUGAGGAUAAUGGGAUACAAGUCAGCAUCACUGACAGCAUGUUCUGUGCCAAACAAGACCACACAGCCUUUUCUAAUAUUUGCCCUGCUGAAACUGGUGGGAUUGCUGCCAUAACUUUGCCAGGAAAAGCAUCUCCUGAGCUAAGGUGGCACCUGAUGGGAUUAGUGAGCUGGGGUUAUGAUAAAACUUGCAGCCUAGAACUCUACAGUGGCUUCACCAAAGCUCUUCCCUUCAAGGACUGGAUUGAGAAGAACAUGAAAUAAAAACCUGAGUCUGGAAAUGGCAUUUUAUAACAUAAUAUCUCUCUCAGUCUCUGCUACUUUAGGCUUCUCAUCCUAGUGAUGAGACACAUCUGGGAUAAGGUUAAGGCAGGCAGCCUGGUAAUUUGUCCUAGGAUCAGAUAUUUCAUCAGGCUAAUUUUACUUAACCCAUGACAGAGGGUCUUAGUGCAUGAGAAGUUUUGCCAUAUUUUGUCUGUCUCCCCUGGUGGGAGGACGAUGCUCUGCUCCUGAGUCUGACAUGCAGAAACAGGACAGUAAAUUCUGUCUGAAAUUAAUCUGUAGUGUGGAGCUCCCUGGAGAAAUUGAUGGUGAGCUUCUCCCAAAGAUCUGUGUGACUGAGUGGAUUAAGAGUCUGGAAAGAGUAGCCUGAAUUCAUUAUGAUGGAUGAGCUUGUUGUGGUAUGUGCUGUCUGUAUUGCCAUAGUACAAUGUAAUCUUCUUCCCUCCCAAGUACUUUACACAUUUAAAUAAACCAUGGUUUGUUUUUUUAACCUACAUACUCAUGUCUGACAUUAUUUAGAUCCAUUUUUGCUUUAUAUGUGUCACACUCUUGGAACUCUCUACUGCCCUUGUCUCUUUGCAUGUCACUCUCACUUGGGACUCUUCAGGAACUAAAAAGGCAGAAUCAGCAUAAAAUUCAAGGACUAUUUAUAAACAUAAAUAACAAGAUUCUUUUUUCUUAAUACACCCAUUCCUACUAUUGUACAUGAACCACUACAAUGAAAUGUACCAAGGAGUUCUCUUUCACCGUGUGUUCUAAACAGAUAAAAACAUGAAAUAUAUUUUAAAUAUGUUUUUUCCAAGUGUUUUUUUUCAUAGAAGUAUGAAAACCUCAGGAAAACUUUUGGUUCCCAUUAGUUCCCACACAUUUGUGGUAAAACUACUCCUCUGUAGCUCUUCAGGGUAAGAAUAAUGUCCAGGUCUCAUGCUUAGCAGGCACUUUUCUUGAACUGAGACUGAACUGUUUGACAUCAGAGUAAGAUUCUCCUAUUGGGCAUAUUGUCCAGGGAGACACCUGAGUGUCCUCAUGGUCCUUAGUCACUGCUCUUACACUAAAUCAUUCUCUAUUCUUUAUUUCAUUCUUUCAGUCAUGGCUAAAGACUAGGGAUUAACCCUAUAAAAACUGGGGAGAAGAGACAGUACUGACUGUCUUCCAUCAAUAAUGAUUUCUUGCUAAGUCAUAUAUGACACUCUGGAGUUUUUAGGACCUUCAAAUUAUUGCAGUGCCCAAAACAGCUUACAGCAGUAGUUGGCUGUGAGGACUGGGAACCUGAUGAAAAGAUUUAGUGCUCUUACCAAGAAGGACUCAGAUCCUGAACUUGUGUUCUGCCUAUUGUAUGGGUAUAGCAACUUGAAGUUAGCAAGUCUGAUUUCAGUUCUGAUUCUUUGCUGCUGUAAAAUCUCAUUACAAGUUUCUUAGCAUUCAGUAGUUUCUAUCCACUUUUGAAUCUGAAAACUGCUGCUAAAAGGACAAUUAGUGUUGGACAUCAUUCCAUGUAACUUAUUUUUUAUUUUCUUGGCAGAAAUACUUAUUGUGUAUGCUUUUGCA